AUGCUGAACAAAAAUAAAGCUGCCAAACAAGUAAGCAGUAAAAAUAAAGCUGCUGAACAAAUAAAUAGUAGAAAUAAAGCUGUUAAACAAGUGGGUAAUAGAAAUAAUACCACUGAACAAGUGGAUAAUAGAGAUAAUACUGAUAAUGAAGACAAAGCUAUUAAACAAGUGGGUAAUAGAAAUAAAACUGCUAAGCGAGUAAGUGAUAGAAAUAAAGCUGCAAAACGAGUAAGUGGUAGAAAUAAAGCUUUUGAACAAGUAGAUAAUAGAAAUACUGAUGAUAAACAAGUGAAUAAUAGAAAUAUUGAUAAACAAGUGAAUGAUAAAAGUGCCAAACGAAUAGACAAUAGAAAUAAUACAAUAGAUGAUAAACAAAUAAGUAAUAAUAUCAAUACUGGUAAGCAAUUAGAUGAUAAUAUUGAAAAUAUGUUAGUAAUUGAACAAUUAAAUGAUAUUGUUAAACAAUUAGAUGAAUCUGAAUUAUUAGAUAAUGCAA